CGCCGCUCUUGAAGCGUUUUUUCUCGUUGAUUUCCUUUCUCCAACCUUCUGCGUUUAUCUCCUUUCCAUAAAGAAGAGAUUUUUUGUUUGAAGCCCUAAUCUCUAAUCUGUAAACCAUUGAAACCUAGUUCCCUAAUCCCUAUAAGCAAGAAAACCCUAACUUUCUUCAAUGGAAAACCCUAAUAUCAGUUAAAUUUGAAGAAGAAAAUACCAAGUGUUCGCUGACGAUAACGCUGGUUUUUCUCCCACAAAGGGAACUCUCUUCUGCUUAUUGUUGCUGGAAAAUGCAGAGGAAACGACGAUUAUCUGAAGAAGAGAACCCUAGUUUUCACCUGAGACCUAGAAGAGAACAUCAGAAUUUUACAUUGGAGAACCACCCUACUUUCUGGUACUUUUGAAAAACAGCAUCUCAGAAAAUAUAACCUUAUUUUUUACUUUGUGGAAGAAAACCCUAGAUUUUUGAAGGGCUUUAUUGUUUGUCAGAGGAUUUUGUAUUUACCUUCGAUUCUAAAGUAUAAGAUUUUUGUUUACCUUCGAUUCUAAAGUAUAAAAAGAAGUUUUGUUAGCUAGUUUUCUUUGCCUUUUGGAGCACCAGACUCAAAUGUAUAGCCUAAGGUCGGUUGCUGGAGGUCUGUUACAUGUAAAUUUCAUUGGUCAUUUCCAUGGUUUCCGUUUUGCUGCAUUCAUGGUUUCUUCAUGGAUUUGGUUGUUGUUCAGUUCAGAUAUUUCUUACACCUAUUUCUGACUAGAAGUGUUUGAUUCUUAGUUCUUUUAGUUAUUAUGUAUGGGUUUGUUCAAAUCUAAAGUGUGAAAUAUUUGAAUUUAGUAUCAAAAAGGAGUUCUAUUCUUAGAUCAAGUCACUGUAUCGAUGCUUUGUACGAAGUUUAAGCUAAUCUUGUUCAAGGGAGGUCAUUUUCUAACAGAAUUUCUUAACCCUUGUUUGAUUUUUCUGGUUUCUUGGGCUUUAUAGGAUUUUGUCUCUAAUUAAUGCUGUUGAAGCUUGAUUGCCAACUCAUCUUCAAGUCUUGUAAUCAUUUUCGAGAUAUUUACAUUAAAGACAAUAUAAAGCACCCAUAACGGUACGGUUUAUAAAAACAUGACUGAUGAUGGUGAAACUAUGAAUGAAACAUUGUGGACAAUGCAAGGACAUCAGACCAAUAAUGAGUUUCAUGACAGUAAACCUGACCAUUUAUUCAGCAAGAAAAGGACAUGGACCAUUGAGAAUGAUAUUGCUGAGUCUUCUAUUUCCAUAGGAAAUGAACUUCUUUGGGGUUUUCGCAAUGAUACCUAUCGCAUAGGUACAAAAGCUUCUAGUCGUCAUAAACUCGAAGCAGGGGUCGCAAAAGAUUUGAGCCAGAAUGAAUGUUAUGAUUCUCUUUUGGCUUUGAGUCCGAAGGGUCCCUCUUGUGCUAUUGCCAAUAGCUUAUUCACUAUGGAAGACAGUGAAGACACCGCAAAUUCUGAAUUUCCAGGCACCGAGAACAUCGAUACUCAUGGGUUAUCUGUCUAUGAAGAGAGCGACACAAAGUUAUAUCUAUCAAAAAAUUCAGAUGGUGGGUUACCACUUUGUAAUGGCUCAUCUGACUUUGAAGAGAGCAACACAAUGGUACAUCUAUUGAGAAAUUCAAACACCGACGACCCGCAUUCUAUGACUAACAAAGAUGUGUCUUGCCUAGAACAGCAUGAAAUCGAUCCUUAUCAUAGUUGUUUGCAUAUGAAGCAAGACUCAAAUGAUAUGGGUGCUUUUCCUGGGCAACUUCCUGCCGUUGUGAAAACAGAAGACACAGGGACUGGAUAUUAUGAUUCUGAGAAUGGGUUAUCAGCAUUGUCAGGUUUAGGCAAAAGAAACCUUGACAGUUACAGUUUCAGUGAGUUGCUCAAUGCCGACCUUGUUGUAACUUAUGAGGAACUUGAUGCUUGUCUUUUAGAUCGGUUUCCAUAUAAUUGUAACUCAUCAAUAGAUCGAAGUUUAGGUCAAGAGGCUGGAGCAUUGGAUGGAGAACUCGAUGAUCAGGAACUACAGCUCUUUCCUUCCUUGGUCAUGCCUCCUAUUUUUGACUUACCAUUUCAAGAAAGUUCACUACAAUCUAAUUUGGUAAAAAAUAUUGGAGUCCAUACAAGUGUGAAUACUCAAAUGUGCUCAGUGGUAUCGGAUAUUAUGGACGACAAGGCCAUUCAACCAUUGGGGUUUCCAAACAAGAUACUAGACUUGAUAAUCUCAAAGAAGAUUGCAUCGAUUAACUUCCCUUCUACUAUUUCAGAGCUGCUUUCAACAGGUUUACUGGAUGGAUUUCCUGUCAAGUACAUUAAAGGAAAGAAAAAUGUGAACAUGCUUUGUGGGAAAGUAGCAGGAGAUGGAAUUUUAUGCAGUUGCACUUCAUGUAAUGGGUGCAAGGUUGUCAGUGCUGGUGAGUUUGAGCUGCAUGCGGGUUGUUCAUCGAGAAAUCCAGCUGCCAAUAUUUUUUUGGAGGGUGGCAACACCCUCUCCGAUGUACACCAAGCAGUAAAGAGUACUCCAGUAAACUUGUUGAGUGAAGUGCUUCAGUGGGUGAACAACUCAAAUGGAAAUCUUUCCACUCUUCUGGGUUCAGAAGAGUUAUUUUCACCACCAAUUCAGAGAGUUUCAGAAGCUUGUGGAAACUGUGACACAGUUGAACAGUCUCAGGCUGCUGACCAAUAUCAUUUGGAUCUGUGCCCUCCAUCUGGUGCUAAUAUGAUCAUCUUCCCUCAAGGUCCCACUUCAUCUGCUACACAACAAGAAAGAGCUAAAGAAAGGAAACUGGUGCCGAAAAGGGACACUAGCUUACACAAAGCACUUUUUUCAGAAAAAGGUCUAGCUGAUGGAACCAAAUUGGUUUACCAUGCUACUACUACUCAGAUAGUGCUAGAAGGUUAUAAGAAAGGGAAUGGUAUAGUUUGCAAUUGUUGUGGCAAAUUGGUUAGCCCCUCAAAAUUUGAGGCUCAUGCUGGAUAUGCUUCUCGACGUCAACCUUACAUACAUAUCUUUGCCAGUGGUCGGUCUCUUCAUGAUCACUCAAUUUCCAUAUCACGCAGCCAAAUGCCUAGUGCGACCACCGGAUCUGAUCAUUGCCAUUUUUGUGGAAAUGGAGGGGAGUUGCUUUUCUGUGAUGAAUGCUCCAGAUCUAUCCAUAAAGGUUGUUUAGAAUUGCAGUUUGUGUCAAAAGAAAACCAUUUCUGCCCAUUUUGUUCUGGUAAAAGUGAACCAAGAAGAAAGUUGGCCAGCAGGAGACCUUCAUUAGCUUCCUCACGAAACCAAAGUGCUCAGACAAGUAAGCUAACCCACAAGAAUCGCAUCAAGUCAUUGCCAUUUGAAGUUGGAGGCUGUGUCAUAUGCAGGGAUUUUGAUUUCACAAAAGGAGGAUUUGACGCACGAACUGUUAUGAUUUGUGAUCAAUGUGAGAGGGAGUACCAUGUUGGUUGUUUGAAGGAUCAAGGGAUAUGCGAUUUGAAGGAAUUGCCAGAAGGAAAGUGGUUUUGUUGUGUGGAUUGCAGUAUGAUUCAUGUUACUUUGCAGAAGUUAAUUACCAAUCGAGCAGAGAUGCUUUCAGAUUCUCUAUUGGAUAUAAUAAAGAGAAAGUAUGAAGAGAAAGGCUUAACUAUGGAUUCUGAGACUGGUAUGCAAUGGCAGCUUCUUAGUGGAAAAGCUUGGCACUUAAAUGACGGGUGUUUACUAUCUAAGGCCAAUACAAUGUUUCAUGAGUGCUUUGGUCCUUUACUUGAACAGACAGGAUGUGAUUUAAUAAGCUGCAUGGUUGAAGGAAAACAAAUGGGCGACCGAGAAUAUGGAGGAUUCUAUUGUGCAGUUUUAACUGUUAACUCAGCCAUUGCAUCAGCUGGAUUACUGAGAAUAUUUGGUCAAGAAGUUGCUGAACUUCCUUUGGUUGCAACAUGCAAUGAUAGCCGUGGAUACGGUUACUUCCGAUGCUUAUUUUUAUGCAUUGAGAAGCUUUUGAUUUCAUUGAAUGUGAAAAAGCUUAUUCUCCCUGCCACUGAGGAUGCCCAAUCCAUUUGGAUAGAGAAAUUUGGUUUUAGGAAGAUAUCCAAGGAGAAGGUCAACAGUUACACAGAGGUCUUUCCAAUUAUGAUUUUUAAGGGGACAUCGAUGUUAGAGAAGCAGUUCGUCAAUUUUGAGAUUAGCUGAUGAGGCAAGGUUGUACAUAGCACCAGUCCAUUCUUUUAUUCACAGGAAAUUUUGCUCAUUCUUUGAUGGUUCAGGAGUUUUUGUUCCUGGAAGAAAGAAAAGGAGUCAUGGCCUCAAACUUGUUUUUAAUAUUCAUGGUCCAAUUCUAAGGAUGCAAAUGUAGCAAACAUAUAGGAAUGUGUGCCAUUUUAGCAGUGACAAUUCUUAUUCUUGGGAUUUCAUGGAGA